AUGUCGGAGAAGGAUUUAAACGGAAAAGGUUCUCUUGUAAUAAAUUAUGUCUCUGGUUUGUAUGAAUUCGCCUGCGACGCACUUCAGGGGAAACACAAGAGGAGGAGCGAAGGCCUUGGAAAGAGAUACAGCGCCGUUUUAUUGGAUGAUAUUGGUCCUAUAGCUCGUGAUCAUCCGUUAAGUGUCUCAUUGAACUGCCGAUGCCUCCGGGCUGGAAGGUACACGGCUCCUAUUUUGUUUUAUUACAACUCCGUAAAUUACUCAGACAUGGAAAUUCUAAAAAGAAUCUAUUUGAAUAUUUUGUAUCCUUUUUCUCCAACGUACACGUUUCUGAAGGUGUUACCGUGGAUGGUGACACCUGUUAAAAGGGAGGUGUUGGUGAGAUCUGAAACUACUCUCAGCGUGCCAGAUGUCUCUCACUUCUCGAUACAGCAUGAAAAGUUUACGUUGCGUCAUUCACGUUGUAGUACGAGGGACGAUGUAUCGACAAUCCAGGGCAACCGAGAUUCUCUUGUAUAUACCGCGCACACCGAAAUGGAAGGCAAUUCCGAUAAUUUUACUUUCACAAAGGGGGGAGAAGUUGUUCUUUUGGCCUCUAUGGAAACUCAGGCCCUCCAAGGUUUGAUAGUGGAAGAUUUGGAUGUUGUUUGUACACAUUCGGCUUCACUUGUAUCGCUGACAGUGGGUGAACUUCCUUGUCAUCUUGAACAUUUGGAAGUUUUGACAUUGAGUAUGAAGCUUCGUGUUCUGAAUGUAGGAAAAUUCUCUUUGGGUUUUAUUCGAAUGGCUCUAGCCCCAAGCAAUGGAGUGCAGCGUAUUGUUUCUGAGUUUCCUUUACCUGAAGUGAAAGUGGCGGAUACACCUUUUGCGUUGACACUGAGGUGUCCUUCGAUUGCUAUUAUUGGUACUCCAUUCCUUAUUUCGUUUGAUGUGACUAACAAAACAGAGCAAGUUCAAAACUGUGAGUUGGUGGUGGAGAAAAAUGACGAUUGCUUUUUAAUAGCUGGAAGAAUGCAGUGGAGCUUUUGUCUAGCCCCUAAUGCUAUCAAAUCGACAGAAUUAACAUUGCAACCGCUUCGUAUUGGCACAAUUCCGUUACCAUAUUUUUAUUUGCGACACUUUACAGGCGCGGUAUCUGGAUUGGGCGCCGCGUGUGUAAGUGGUUCACAGAGGAUCUGUGUCUUGCCCCCCUGA